UCGGUGAGUUUGGUGGUGUGCUUCGCUUUGUUGAAUCCAUUCAACUCUCUCACGGCACGGUUGGUCGACUGCAACAGUGUUCCGCGGAUGUUGUAGCAGUGCAGUUUCUGGUGCUUGUUCGAUAGUAAACAAUAAAGUUAGUGCAUUAUUCGAGUCCGCAUUGCUUUGCAGAAGGAGUCUCCAGAAAAAUGCAGUCCCACAGCAAAAAGCGCGUCUGCUACUACUAUGACAGUGACAUCGGUAACUACUACUAUGGCCAGGGACACCCGAUGAAACCGCACCGGAUACGGAUGACGCACAAUCUGCUGCUUAACUAUGGACUUUACCGAAAAAUGGAGAUUUAUAGGCCACACAAAGCGACAGCUGACGAAAUGACCAAGUUCCAUUCAGACGACUACAUUCGGUUUCUGCGUUCGAUCCGUCCCGAUAACAUGUCCGAGUAUAACAAACAGAUGCAGAGAUUCAAUGUCGGAGAAGAUUGCCCAGUAUUUGACGGAUUGUACGAGUUUUGUCAACUUUCGGCUGGAGGCUCGGUAGCGGCCGCCGUAAAGCUGAACAAACAGGCUUCGGAAAUUUGCAUCAACUGGGGAGGUGGUCUGCAUCAUGCCAAGAAGUCGGAGGCCUCUGGAUUUUGCUACGUAAACGAUAUUGUGUUGGGCAUAUUGGAACUGCUCAAGUAUCACCAGCGAGUACUGUACAUCGACAUUGACGUGCACCACGGGGAUGGCGUGGAGGAGGCGUUCUAUACCACCGAUCGGGUCAUGACGGUGAGCUUUCACAAGUAUGGCGAAUAUUUCCCCGGAACGGGAGAUUUGCGGGAUAUCGGUGCCGGCCGAGGAAAGUAUUAUGCGGUGAAUAUUCCGCUGCGAGAUGGAAUGGAUGACGAGUCGUACGAGUCGAUCUUCGUGCCGAUUAUCUCGAAGGUCAUGGAAACGUUCCAACCAUCGGCGGUAGUGCUCCAAUGCGGUGCUGAUUCCCUGACCGGGGAUCGGCUCGGUUGCUUCAAUCUCACCGUUAAAGGCCACGGCAAGUGUGUGGAGUUUGUGAAAAAAUACAAUCUGCCCUUCCUGAUGGUGGGUGGCGGUGGUUACACCAUCCGCAAUGUAUCGCGCUGCUGGACCUACGAAACAUCCGUGGCGUUGAAUUCGGAAAUAGCCAACGAGCUGCCGUACAACGAUUACUUCGAGUAUUUCGGGCCGGAUUUCAAGCUGCACAUCAGCCCGAGCAAUAUGAGCAAUCAGAACACAACGGAGUAUCUGGAGAAGAUCAAGAAUCGGUUGUUCGAAAACCUGCGAAUGUUGCCACAUGCACCGGGCGUUCAGGUGCAAACCAUCCCGGAGGAUGCGGUCAAUGACGAGAGUGAGGACGAAGAUAAGGUGGACAAGGAUGAAAGGCUGCCACAGAGCGACAAAGACAAACGAAUAGUGCCGGAUAAUGAGUUUUCCGAUUCGGAAGACGAGGGAGAAGGUGGUCGAAGGGAUAAUCGAUCAUACAAGGGAAGCGCACGGAAGCGACCGCGACUGGAAAAGGAACCUAAACCCGAAGAGGUCAAGGAUGAGAUGGAAGUGAAAGCUGAGUCGGCUGGUGAUAAGGAGGAAAACAAAGCGGCCGAGGAACCGAAAAAGGAAACCACGGCCGUUGCAUGAUCAGUGUUGGCCGCAUAUCGGAAAUAACCCGACAGUGUGUAGCAUGAUUUCGCAAUCAUCUGCAUGAGUUACAGACUCCACCACACAUCCAUGAGCAUUCAGAUACACACAAGUGACAGGGCAAUCAACAAGAGUCUAUCCAUACAUCGCUGAUAGUGCGGGAUCAGAAUGAAUGCUUGUGUGGGUCAGCAUGAAUUUUUUUUCUAUACGUAGGCAUAAAGAAAGCUUUACUUUUAAGAUAGGACAUCAUGAAUUUCUGAAAUUCUGAAACAAAAAUGAUGAAGGCACUAGUUCCAUUGGUAACUAGUAACCGUAUCAUACUCGCUUCCCCCUCUCAUUGACAAAUAACUAACAAAUACUUAGCAUUGAAAUCAUUGUUUACAUACCAUCAGACAAUUUUUAGCAACAACCGACACACAGAAAACCCACAAAAUAAAGUUUGAUCUCAGGAACGGUAACACACGUUUUUAAUUCACCCACUUUUUCAGUGUCUUAAUUUAUUUUAGCUAGCAAAAUGGGAAUUAUAAGAUAGUAUCUGUUAAAUUUCUAUUUAUUAAUCGCUCCCCACUAACAUGUUUUCCUGUUUUGAUGUCCAAUGAAUUUUUCAUUGUGAAUGCACAACUAUAAUCAUAGCAUGUACGAUCAUUUAGAAACGAAUUCAUGCAUUGAAAGCAAUGUAAUAACACAAUUAAAAUAGAAUUAACAAUGAAUCGCCUUGCGAAGUAUUGAAGGUAAACAGAAAGAUGAAAUUAAUCUUAUUCAA